AUGAACAACCAGCCCGAGGGCCAACAAGAGCUGCGUGACCACAUCUUGCUCUAUGAUAUCAGCUUCCCUGUCGAUUUCGUCCGUCCCUCCCGACAAGACAGCCAGCAUCUUCCGACCAGACCUCCCCAAGUCAGGCCCAUGAACGUCAACCCUCUGCCCACCGUUAUCAUGACAAGCAGCAGUACCCCUACUGCUGCGGGUCCUACAAAAGCCGAGCUUCACAAUGUUAAGACUGCCAACACUGAGGUACGUGCACCCAAGGACUACCAUACUGGUCAGGCCAAGAUGUCAGCUCACGCUAGUCCAACCACUGGAAUGCAGGCAGCCAGCAAUGAUUUUCCAGGAGGAGCGCCGGCCAGAGUGAAUCGCGCCGGAGCGUCACGAACAUACGCUGCUGUGCUUACCGACGCGAAAGCAGCACCCGGCAACCCGAGAUCAGCUUCUUUGACCACGGCCGACCAAAGCACUCAGUGUCAACACCAACCGCUGAAGACAUUCCCAUCCGGACAAUGGGUGGUCGUGCUCGAAAACGUGCCCAAUAGCUGCACCGUCGACAAGUUGAUCAAUGCAAUCAAGGAAAUGGGAAGAACCGGGAGGAUCUUCAACAUCGUCAUCGAGUGUGCUGGUCCAAGGGCCGACGACAGGACUGACGCAACCACCGCGAGAGUUGCGUUCUUCGACCACGCUGGUGCGAACGAACUCCUACGCCUGGUCUCCCAAGGCCGUCUUUGGAUCGACUCCCACCAGCUCAGCGCCAGGGGCAGCAUGACCAAGCUAUCCGAAGUCACCAGCCCCGAGCUCGCCUCCCGAGUCCUGCUUCUGCACGGUCCGGAAGAUGUAGUUACCGAAGAAUGCAUCUACACGUGGCUCGGAGUCGGAAUCGCAGAAGGAAAUUUGUUGGGCCUCAUAGACGCGGUGGACGUUACUCCCUGCGGAACGCGCAAGCUUGGUCGCCGCAUGGUUCGUCUGGAAUUCGCCGGUUUUCAGACGGGGGCUCAGGCUGUCCUCCAAUAUCUGUUGGACCAGAGAGGACGGACUGGCUGUGCGUGGGCUGGGGUGCUGGUGUUGUUCGCAGACGACCCCUGCGAUUAUGUUCUCGCGUGA